ACACUAAUCUAAUUGAAGAACACUCUAACUAGUGCGCGGACAAUAUGAGGCAAUUAACACUCGGCGCAGUUCUUCUAACAUUGGUAGCCAAUUCAUUUCAAAUUGAACGACUAGAAGAUGUCUUAGUAUAUGCAGUGGAGCCGGCAAACAAAAUUCAAAAACGCGAAGUUACCGAUUCAACUAAGAAAAAACAAAGCUUUAGCCAAUUUAAAGAGUUUGUUGAGGAUAAAUUGAUUCAACAUACACAAGCUUUGGAACAUUUGGUAAAAUUAGUACAAAUGAACGAAGAGACGAGUAGACAGCUGCUUGAAAAUUUGAGCAACAAUGUUGAGCAGCCGAAACUGCCAGAAAAGAUAGAGGUACAUCAACAACGUAGACCUGUUAAUAUAGAGGAUGAAGUCGAUCAUCCACUACUAAGACUGGGCAAAAAUGUCACUAAAUAUGGAAAGUUAAUCGGCAAUAUACUUAUAAAUGAACUAAAAAAUCACACUGAUCCUAUUCCAAUCAUUGAAAAAGAGAUAUUACCUUUACAGGUAGUAUCACGUCGUUCCUUCAGUUCUAAACCAGUAUUAGUGCCAGAUGCUCCAAACAAAAAGAUAAGUCCUUGGUGCGGUGUGGCUAUAUUAUGUCACAGAACAUAUUCCCCAGUUUGCGGCUAUGAUGAUAACUUCGGUUAUGGGAAAUUCGAUGAUGUUUGUCAUAUGCUUCAAGUUAAUUGCUAUUGGAAAUACAAUUUCGCUCUCGUACCAUCAUGUCGACCGAUCAUGUGAUUUGAAAGAUUUUAA